AUGAAAAAUAAAGUAACUCUUUGUGAAGCAGAAAUUGAUAAAGCUUCCAUUAGGACGCAUGAAUUUAUUAGGAAAACGGAAAAUAAAGAUUUAAGAACAGUACCAGUUGUCGAUGUAUCGAUAGGUGAGGAAGUACCAGCUGAUGUAAUCAGACCAUUUAGUUCUCUUGUAUGGGAUUAUCCUCAACAUAAUGACCCUGAUUUUGAUGACUAUAUUUUUGCCAAAUGUUUUCAAUGUAGUUCAAAUUUGUCUCAAAGCUCCUAUUCAAAUUGGGGUUUUAUAUGCAUAAAACCACAUCGUCAGAAGCCUCCAGAUGUUUCACCUGAUGAAGAUAUCUAUUUUAAUGUAAUUAAAGGCAAAGUUGAAGUAGACCUUCACACGUCGAAAUUCGUGCUUAAAAAAGGUGGGUCAUUCAUUGUGCCACGUGGAAAUCAUUACAGCAUAGCUAAUGUACAUAAAUCAAAGUCCAUUCUCGUAUUUAACACUACCACGGUUUCAGUUUUGGACAGUUAA